GCAGAGGUGCUGGUGGCGGUGGUGGUGGUGGGUGGAGGGCUCUUGGCGGCAUAAUGAGACGGGCUGACACAGAAGGAGACGCUAGUACUUUCUGGGUGAGAAGGAGCGCACUAGAGCUCCUGCACGACACCAACACUACCUUUUUAAUAUUCUUGGGGAAACGGCAGAAAAUCGAAAGUGCGUUUCGAGCUCUUAGCGAGCCAGUUUCACCUUAGUGGAGAUCGAUUUCUGAUUUUUCGAUCCGUAUUUAAUUGGACGAGCAGCGCCGUCGCGGGGUUCAGGACAAAGGUACAGGCGACACUCGGGUGGACUAUUCAGUCCAAAUGCAUCUCCAGAGGACCCGCGCUCUGGUACUGUGGACCCAUCCUAGGAUCCCUGUCACCCUUUCUCCUUGAGUCAGGACACAAUAUCGAUGAAAGUGGAUCUCAAAGCGAGAGGCGUGUGACGGAGGGAGCGGAAGACCUCCUGCGAGAGUCUCCUCCGACAUGGCAGGUGUGUCCGCAUGGCUUCCCUUCGCCAGGGCGGCAGCCAUUGGCUGGAUGCCCGUGGCCAACGGCCCCAUGCCUGUGGCGCCGAGGGACCACAGCAAGAGGAAGGACGAGCUCAUCGUCCUCAACGUCAGCGGCCGGCGCUUUCAGACCUGGAGGACCACGCUGGACCGUUACCCAGACUCCCUGUUGGGCAGCUCCGAGAAGGAGUUCUUCUUCAACGAGGAGACCAAGGAGUACUUCUUCGACCGUGACCCCGACUCCUUCCGGAGCAUCCUGAACUUCUACCGCACGGGUAAGCUCCACUACCCGCGCUACGAGUGUAUCUCGGCCUACGACGAGGAGCUGGCCUUCUUCGGCAUCAUCCCCGAGAUCAUCGGCGACUGCUGCUACGAAGAGUACAAGGAUCGCAAGCGGGAGAACGUUGAGCGUCUCCAGGACGACCAGGAGGAGAACAAGGACCUCAAGCUGCCCAACAUGACCGCCCGCGAGACCAUGUGGCGGGCCUUCGAGAACCCCCACACCUCCACCAUGGCGCUGGUCUUCUACUACGUCACGGGCUUCUUCAUCGCCAUCUCUGUGCUCACCAACGUGGUGGAGACGGUGCCCUGCGGCACCUCCACGCAGCAGAAGGAGGUGCCCUGCGGCGAGCGCUACACGGUGGCCUUCUUCUGCAUGGACACGGCGUGCGUGAUGAUCUUCACCGUGGAGUACCUGAUGCGGCUGUUCGCCGCGCCCAGCCGCUACCACUUCAUGCGCUCGGUGAUGAGCAUCAUCGACGUGGUGGCCAUCCUGCCCUACUACAUCGGCCUGGUGAUGACGGACAACGAGGACGUGAGCGGCGCCUUCGUCACCCUCAGGGUGUUCCGCGUCUUCCGCAUCUUCAAGUUCUCCCGCCACUCGCAGGGCCUGCGCAUCCUGGGCUACACGCUGAAGAGCUGCGCCUCGGAGCUGGGCUUCCUGCUCUUCUCGCUCACCAUGGCCAUCAUCAUCUUCGCCACGGUCAUGUUCUACGCCGAGAAGGGCUCGUCGUCCACCAAGUUCACCUCCAUCCCCGCCUCCUUCUGGUACACCAUCGUAACUAUGACGACGUUAGGUUAUGGAGACAUGGUUCCGAAGACAAUCGCGGGGAAGAUAUUUGGCUCCAUCUGUUCGCUGAGUGGGGUGCUGGUAAUCGCCCUGCCUGUUCCUGUCAUCGUCUCCAACUUUAGUCGCAUCUAUCACCAGAACCAGAGAGCAGACAAGCGCCGUGCUCAGAAGGUACAGAAAGCUCGGCUGGCCAGGAUACGCAUCGCCAAGACGGGCAGCACCAACGCCUUCCUGCAGAGCAAGCGCAGCGGUCUGCUGGACGAGCUGCUGGAGCUCACGGGCACAGAGGCGGAUGAGCAGAAGCUGAGUAAGAGCGUGUCUCUGUUGGAGAGUCAACACUACCACCUGCUGUACUGUCUGGAGAAAACCACAUCCCCCUCUAGCCGCAGCAGUUUGAACCAGAAGGCCGAGGACGGCGGCCGGGUCAACUGCCGGCGGGGCCAGGUCACCACGGCGAUCAUCAGCCUCCAGACGCCCCCGGCUCUGACCCCGGAGGGAGACGGCCUCCACGGGGCCCCCCACCAGCGCCGGCUGCCCCCUCCUCCCAUCCCCCCCCAGGCCCCACCCAGCAUCCAAACCAUGAGCAGCUCCCACAUAGUGAAGGUCUCCGCCCUGUGACUCCCCCACUCGAUCACUCUCCCCCAGGGGAGGCAGAGACCAGGGGGGGUGGGGGUGAGGGUGAAGCCUAAGAUAUCAUUAGCAUUGGCUCAACGGGGUCCCGUGUCUCUGUGUGCCGUCAGCCACCAGCAGGUCGCUGUGGCGGUGGAAGAGGAAGAAAGUAUUAGGGGUGUGAACUUGUCGUAUUCUGUAAGCCACAGGUAGAUGUAGAAUGAAUAUCUGGAUUUUUCCACUUCUUCUUCUUCAGUUGAAACGGGAGAUCUUGAGAAUUUGCCACUGCCGGUGCAAUCAUGGUAUUCCUUUAAAAUGUGACAGAGAGACACAUGCUGUUCCAUAAAAUAUGCUGAAGUAGAGGGAGUGGGCAUAAUACACUCUAGACUGUUUAUUCCUUUGAGGAUGGAUAGACACAAAGGAUUGACUUCAUAUGUGUUGUUUUUUAAUGUCUUCUUUGUCUCAACUCAACAACUUGAAAAAAAAAAAAGCAUAAUGUAAGUGAGCAUUUAUUUUCAGUAUUAUAUGCACAAAUACGUAAACUGUAUGUGUGUGUGUGUGUGUGUGUGUGUGUGUGUGUGUGUGUGUGUGGGUGUGGGUGUGGGUGUGGGUGUGUGUACGCACAAUUUUUGUAUGCGAGUGCAAACUAAACUUGACUUAACUAGACUUUUUAGAAGUAUAGACUGCAGUAACAAAAACCAAACAUAUUAAGGCAAGAGUCCACCUUUGAAAUGACUGGAGUAAUAAGGAUGACUUGUUCGUUAUUUGUCUUUUACGAUUAGGAAGACAGGAGAGUUUGUGACCUUCCCUGGCUCACUGCAAGACAACUUUAAAGAGACUAAUCUGUGAAGAUUCAAGAAAUGUGAAAACACAAACCAUUUCAUGAAUACAAUUAUUAGUAUUUGUUAUAACUGCUUUUUGUCGUGUGCGGAGUAGUGAGUAGUUAUGCCAUCUCGAAUGGCCUUGUGUUUAAGGCCGUUAAAGUGAAAUAUGAAUUUAAUUUGUAUUUCUUUCUUUCUUGUGUAUUCAGUGAUGUUGCAUUUUGUUUUUCGUUAACUUUUUUGUCUUUUUUUGGAUAUGACAAAGCAACAAACAUGGAUUCAGUUUCCAUGCAGUCCAAUAGAAAAUUAGCUUGUUACUUGUAACUAAAGAGAAAGAUGUAAUUAUUUGACUGGUUACAGAUUACCUGAAUCACAUCUGAUUCUCUGUAGUGGUUUUCAAAGGUUGGGUUGUAACCCAUUGGUGGACUAGAUAUUUCUUCAGAAGUAUACGGAAAUUUGUGGCACUUGCAGUAUCUUUGAAAUGGCACAAUGGUAUUUUUUAUGGUUCCAGCCAUCCAGACAGAAAACAUCAGUUCACCAUGAAUACAGUGGAAGCAUAAUGAGUUAAUUUUUGACCUGUGAUGCAAUUUUUUUACUUUUACAUAUUGAGUAAGCUAUAUAUGAGAUAUGUUGAUGAUCUCAGUGUGUACUAUAUGGAACGUUUUGGAACCUCGGCCAGCAGUGGUUUGUCACAAAUGAUCUAGCGCCAGGAGUAGGUCAUUUAUUUCCUUCGGUUGAUUUAGUCAUUUGAGUUGUUUUCAUGUUGUCUUACAGUGUGUUCAUUUAAAAAAUGUCAAAGUAUUAUUCCAUCAGCUGCCGUUAAAGCUCAGAAUGUUUUGUGGUCUAUCAGUUAUGUUUAUCUAAGGCUGAAUACAUCCAAAGUGUUUUGCUAGAUGCUUUCCCCUUUAAGGAAUAUGAGUGAGGAAUAUAACAUUGAAAAUGGUCUCUGAACCAAAUAAUUGAACGUUAAAUUCGAUCAUUUGAAUUGAACGUUAUAAUGAUGGGUGGGUUUUAGCCUAAAACCCACACAUCAUUUUAGAGUGGUCCAAUCUAGAACCUUUAGGUUGUCGUAAUCUAUGGACUUAGUCUUUUUGAAAUAGUGGUCCAAUGGACUAUGGGUACUCUCAAUAUUUAUUUGUCUUAUUUUGUAAUAAUUAUCUUUUGUAGGUUUUCCGAAAAAUAUACCAUGUGAUCUUUUGGGUAAGGCAGUUUUAUUUUGUGCUUAAAUUAUAUGCCGUAAUUUUUUUCAAGCAAUUUUUUCCAAUCAAUAAGCCAAACAAGUAUUUAGUUGGAAGAUUAUUUUCUCUCACUAUCAUGGCUGAACAUUAAAUAGGCCAUACCAUGUUUAAUGCACUUCUCAAAAGUGCUCGUAAGGCUGGUCUUCUGGGGGUUGUAUGAUGGACAGUAAGGCUUAUCUCAGUUCAGUGGAUUUUAGAGGGUCACUGUUUUUUAAAGUCUUGGCAAUUGUGCUCUUGUUUGUUCCUUAGCUCUCUUUUGUUUCCUGGCUUCUCCGUCCGUCGUGCUGCUUAUUUUCUAUGUUUGUUGGUGUUGUUAUCAUUGGUUAUCAUUUAGAUUUCACUCAUGUCCCAACAACUAUGAUGUGAUGAGAAAUUAAAAAGUGUCUCCAAUUGA